AUGGGAAAUGCCUCUGAAACAUUUAUCCUCGUGUCCCGAAUAUCAAAAGACAAUGACUUCCUCAUGGGGACCAUUUACAUUGUUUUUGGCGUUCUGUCCAUGCUGGGGAACGGCACGCUGCUGUUUGUGGCUUAUAGAAAGAAGUCCACCCUGAAGCCGGCCGAGUUCUUCGUGGUGAAUCUGGCCAUCAGUGACCUGGGAAUGACCAUCACCCUGUUUCCUCUGGCCAUCCCCUCGGCCUUCGCCCACAUGUGGCUGUUCAACAGAAUCACCUGCACUAUCUAUGCCUUCUGUGGCGUUCUGUUUGGCCUCUGCAGUCUGACCAACCUCACGGUGCUGUCCAGUGUGUGCUGGCUCAAGGUCUGCUGCCCUAACUACGGUAAGAGCCCGCCCUCCUGCCUCCACAAACUCCUACUGAGAGGCGCUUGUAAAUAG